AAGAAGAUACAUUUGUGACAAUAAAUGAAGAAAUGUGGAUGGUCUGCUUUCCCUAAUUUUUGGAUUUGUUCUCCAUCUGUCUGAUGGCUCAUUUCAGUCGAACCUGUACCUGUGUGCUUUCCCUCUUGCUAUUGGUAAUUCAAGUUCAGACACAGAGUGAAGACUGUUCUGUACAGAAUGUGAAUCCUAGUGUGCUGGAGAACAACCCUCCUGGGUUUGUUGUUACUAACAUUACAACAGCUGCUGGUGUCACAGUAACAAUUGUACCCUCAACAGAAAUGGAUUCUGACUGGUUUGCGAUUAAGGACUCACAACUUAUCCUGACAGGUCAAGUGGAUUAUGAGAAUACAUCGGUGCUACUUGUAGAACUACAGUGCUUGAGAGGAGAUAUAGAUGUAAAUCAUAUUAUUGUUGUAGUGACAAUUAUCAAUGUGAAUGACAACCCUCCCGUGUUUAAAGAAAGCAGCAUCACCGUCAACGUUACAGAGGAUACGAAAGUGAACAUAACUAUUGUGCCCCAGGCUAAUGUAACAGCUGUGGAUUAUGACAACGAUGUAAUUUUUUACAGCCUUACAGGAAAUCCACCAGAAGGAAUGUACUAUUUUGACAUACAAGGAGUUAAUAACCCGGAAAUUUACUUGCGGAAUGUCCUGGAUUAUGAAAAAAUUAACUUCAUGCAGUUUGUUUUAUAUGCCAUGGAUGGGAAUGUCAAUGCAACAGGUACACACACAGCCAGUGUAACCAUAAUCAUACAUAUCCUACAGACUGACAGGAGACCUCCCUGGUUUCAGCCAUGCACUUUUGUUGGAGGCAGGAUAGUGUGCAUCACCUAUGGCUACACCGGCAAGAUCAACAUCUCAGAGAAUGUGACUGAGCCCUUGGUCUUGGAGCCAGGACCCCUCUAUGCUAUUGAUGGGGACAGAGAUUUGGAUGAAAAAAUAGUGUAUGAAAUCGCUGCUGGAAAUGAUGACGACACAUUUUCAAUAACCACGGAUACUGGGAACAUAACAAUGAACAACAGUGUCAACGCUCUGAAGACAUUCAUGUUGUAUGUUGUGGCUUCCCAAGCUAACAAUCCAUUUAGAUAUUCUCAAACAACAGUGGAAAUCAAGGUUGUGCGUAGAAAUGAUCACAAGCCCUACUUUGAGAAAGCCCUUUACAUGGGGACAGUGUCUGCGGACCUGCCUGUUUCCAGCCUGGUCAUGGAGUCUGGGACACCUUCAGUACCUCUGAGGAUCUUUGCAGCUGAUGGUGACUUCCCUGAUAAGGUCAAUCCUGAUAUCAUAUACAAAAUUGACAACAGCACGAAUUUCAUAAUUACCAGAGAUGGAUUUCUCCUGACCACGGAAGUUCUGAGGGUGGCCACCACCAUCACCCUUUUGGCUAUUGCUAAUGAUACAGCUGCUCUGCAAGAAGCAAGCACACUGAUAACUGUAGAUGUCAUACCUUCGGCAACUACAACUAUUCUUCCUACAACCACUACCACAGCUGUCUCAGGGAUAGGGACCACUAUUUCAAAUACUUCAGAUGUACCACCCGGGAUAAUCACUACUCUUCCUGUAAAACCUUCUGAAUCCACAACACUUCCUGCAAGUACAACCAUGAAUACUGGCAUUACAAAGAACACAGGGAAACCUGUAACAAGCACAGAAUUUGGCUCAAUCAUCCCUCCUUUUGUUACUACAGUAAAACCUCCCAUAAGCAAAGUUAGCACUUCACAACCUCAGACCACUAAUACUCCCAUCACAGGGGUAAGCCAAGCAAUAUCUGGGACUGCCAAGUCUACUGCUCUAACACCUUCUCAGUCUGAAGUAACUAAGCCUUCCGUAUCUAUGACGACAAGUGGGACUGUCCAAUCUGCUUCCUCAGCUUCUUCUCAGACUGGAGCCAUAGAUGGUGUAAGCCCAGCAACUGAUGGGACUGGACAGUCUACUGCUAGGACACCUUAUCAGACUGGAACCACCAAGCAUCCUAUAACAGGUAUAAACCCAACAAAAGAUGGGACUAGGCAGACUGCUGCUAGGACAUCUUCUCAGACUGGAACCACCAGACCAGGAGAUACAACUCCAACAACUGGAGGAUCUUUCCAAUCAACAAGUCUUACACCAAAGUCUGCUUCAUCAAAUAUAAAUUCAGCAGCCACGCCUACAUCUUCUAAAAUCUCAAGCCCUAGCACCCAAAUGAUGUCCACUUCAUCAGAUGCAGGCGCCGUACUAUGUGGUCUGUAUAAAGCGGAGCACAUGGCUGCCGUGGGCACCACUUUGGGAGUUUUAUUGGUAAUCACAUUGGUGCUGCUCGGACUGAUCUCCUACAAGUAUUACAAAAUGAAACAUGAACGCGGAGAAGACAUCAGCAAAUUCACUGAAGGCUCCACCAAUGCUAACUUCCAAGGUGAUGAGAAAGAUAACUCAGAUGGAAAGGACGACAAGUCGCCACCAAGUAUUGAGUCUGAAAACGACAGCCCAGUUAUACAGAAGCAGUUAGGCGCUCCGUCUUCUUUGGGGAAGACAAAGGAAAGCAGCCAGGCAUCAACAGCUUCUGAAACUAUCAGGGAGGACGAAGAGGACAAUGAGGACACAGACAGUGAAAAGGAAGUAAGGUCCAUCCUCACUAAAGACAGGAAGGUGGCAGAUGAUGGCUACAAAGCUGUGUGGUUUAAAGAAGAUAUUGACCCAGAAGCUAAGGAUGAUGUUUUGGUGAUUGAAAAUGACAGUGAUGCAGAACGGAACAGAAAUGACAGUGACAGUGACAAUGCUGAUGAUGAGGCUGGUGACAAUGAGAAUGAUGGUGGUGGUAGUGGUGGUGACAAUGAUAGAGGCAGAGGUGGCAGUGCCCUAUCAUUCAUUUCAAGGACAGCAGCUCAUCUCCCAGAAACUGAUUCUACUGUUGGUGGAUCUCCUGAGGAUACAGAAGAAAAUGACGUUUUUUUGUAAAGUGAGCAAGGUAAUAUGUUAUUUCCAGGAUUCUGCAAUAGGGUUGAUUGGAUUUUCCGACCAGGUUUCUGCAGCUACUUCCUAAAUCUUAUACUCCUACUAAUUAAUGAGCAGCAUUCAUCAAGAAGGGUAAUGUGCCUCCUGGGAAAAUACUGCACCUUCCCCAAGUUGAGAGACAACAACAUCUUAAGCAAUUGUUAGGGUUAUUCAACUCAAGCACGAUAAUUAAUCUGCAGCACCCAGGGCUAACCCAAGCCAUUCUGGUACCUCAGGCAGUAAAUUCAAAUGGCGCCACCACCUUCCCACAGAAAACAGGAAGUGCCUAACAGAAGAUGUACCUGCUGUCACUGGCAUUGUGACCUCAGCUAUGCUUGCUACUGGUUUACUUUUAAGCAAUUGCUGCUGUUCCGCCUGUGCUGAUCCUGCUGGUAUGUUUGGACUAGCAGUGAUCAACACAGAUGCCUACCUUGCUGGAAUGUUUGGGGCUAGUCAUCAGCAUCUGAAAAAACUCCCUAACAGGAAGUCAGCACUGGGAUAAGCUCUUUAAUGAGCAAAGUUAGAAUAGUAUUUAUAAAAGUGUUAUUUUAAACCGGGAUAAACAUAGCACUAGUUGUUUAUGGGGUUUCCAUCUCUUUCACAAGUGUUUAAUAGCAUUCGAACAUUGCCAAUACGUUCCAACGGGGUGGACUUGAAUUCAUCCCACUUCUGCCAUGGAUUGUCUUGGAGAAGUCACUCACGUAACAUCUCACUAAGCUGCUAAAGAAUGCAAAGUUGGCAGCAAACUAAUAGUGUAAUCCUAUAUAUGCCUACUCAAAAAUAAGCCACACUGAGUUGAAUGGGAAUUACUCCCAGAUAAGUGAGUAUAGGAUUGCAACCUAAGGUUGUGAUCCUAACCACGUUAACUAGAAAAAGGGUUAGGCAACCUGUGAUCCUCCAGAUAUUGCUGGACUACAGGUCACAUCAUCCCUCACCAUUGGCUAUGCUGCUGGGGUUGGUGUGAUUGGAGGGCCACAGGUUCCCUACCCCUGCACUAGAAAAAAGAUGAUGAGGAAUGGGGCUUACUUGUGAGUAAGUAAGUAUAAAAUUGGGCUGCAGAACUUUUAUUUAAAUAAGUAGUAACAUUUUUCUUUUUGAGCACUCCCAUUAUUUUAUAUAUCUUUGCAUUAUUAUUUUCAAGAAAGUCUAUUCAAGAUAUUCCAGUUUUUAAUAUGAAAGGCAAAGUCAAACAUUCAGUU